AUGCCUAACGACGACUCAUUCAGCAAGCCGUCUACACCGACGGAGGCCCCACACGCUCCGGGGGCCCCGCCGCAGGGCAAAGCCGGCGGCUACAGCAAAGCGGCCGGGGCGAUGACCGGAGCGGCCGGAAGCUCCGGCGCGGGGGGCAGCGGAGGCGCCUCGGGCUCCGGGCCGUCGGGCCUGGGUUCUGGAAACAAGAAGUCCCCGAGGCUGCCCAAGUGCGCUCGCUGCAGGAACCACGGCUAUGCGUCGCCGCUCAAGGGCCACAAGCGCUUCUGCAUGUGGCGGGACUGCCAGUGCAAGAAGUGCAGCCUGAUUGCGGAGCGACAGCGCGUGAUGGCCGCGCAGGUGGCCCUGAGAAGACAGCAGGCCCAGGAAGAAGAACUGGGCAUCAGCCACCCCAUCCCGCUGCCCAGUGCAGCUGAGCUGCUCGUUAAGAGAGAGAAUAAUGCCAGCAACCCGUGCCUGAUGGCUGAGACCAGCAGCUCUGCCCAGCCUCCGCCAGCCAAUACUCCCACCUCUGCUGCCUCAGAGGGACGCAUGAUCAUCCAGGAUAUUCCUGCUGCCACCAGCAGAGGGCAUGCGGAGAACGCACCGGACCUGGUGUCAGACCCCGCCUACUACAGCAGCUUUUACCAGCCAUCUCUGUUUCCUUACUACAACAACCUGUACAACUACCCGCAGUACUCGAUGGCCCUGUCUGCCGAGUCCUCCUCUGGGGAGGUGGGAAAUCCCCUUGGGGGAUCUCCUGUGAAGAACAGCCUGCGGAGUCUGCCAGCACCUUACGUGCCCGCGCAGACUGGAAAUCAGUGGCAGAUGAAGAGCGCGGAGAGCCGUCACCCGGUGAGCUCCCAGUACAGGAUGCACUCAUACUAUGGGCCUCCCUCCUACCUGGGACAGAGCGUGUCCCAGAUCUUCGCCUUUGAGGAUGGCCCCUCCUACUCAGAAGCCAAAGCAAGUGUGUUCUCGCCGCCCAGCAGUCAAGAUUCUGGCUUGGUUUCCCUCUCCAGCAGCUCUCCAAUGAGCAACGAGAGCACGAAGGGAGUUCUGGACUGCGAGUCUGGACCUUCUGAGCCUAGCAGCUACCCAGUCAACCAGGUCCUGGAUGACGACGAGGACGAGUGAGCCGAGCCGCAGGUCGGCGCGGUGCCCACUGGGUAGUAGAAGGGUUGCUUUAUCGGCAGGGUUUGUUGUUAUUUGCUUUGUUUGUUUCCGUUCAGAAGUUUUGGUUCAUAUUCCUUAGAGUUAGAUUAAAACACUUGGAACAGUGUAGGGUUCCAGAUUACCAGCUGCAAGAAUUAAGUGCCUGGCUCCCCAAGUUUAAACAGUAAUCCAGUCUCUCUCCUUCCCCACUCCUGCCCCCCUUCCUGAGAAACUAAUUGUCAGCACAAGUUAGUCACAAUUACAUGCUACUUUUGGAAUUAAAAUGAAAUCUUAAGUGCCUUAGAUUGUUAUAAAGUUUUCAGGAUUUUAAUGAAACCUAGAAAAUAUAAAUUUAGCCAAGUCCUUGACCAGAGAGAAGAGCAGGCAGAAUUACUUUAGAACUCUGCAGAAAGUAAAUGGGGACACUGUUUCUGUGUUGCUGUUGGAAAUAGCUGUAUCACACACUCCAAAUCCAAACGUAACUAAAAUACACAGAGAGAAGACUAUUCAAGGCUGUCAACACUACUUUUCCAGUAAAGGGUAACUUAAAAGCAACCUGGCCAGGCAUUUCCUGGGUGGUGUUCCUAGAAUGAGUUUAAUGUGUACAUCUUCUU